AUGGCAAGCCCAAGCGGCAGCGGUGGACAGCCUCCACGCAAGCGGCCAACCUUGUUCGACCCGGCAAGAUUUGGCAACGCGAGGAGGCCCUCAACACUAAACCUCACCAACCCCAUACGCCCGGCCCCUGAAGUUCCUGGCCAGAACACUUACCCGCCGGCUCGCGCCCCUGCUGUUGAUCCUCGACAGCGAGGGAUCUCACUUGCCGAUCUUCGAGCUCAACAGCUCGCCAACCUCACCAGCGACCAGGUCACAGGUCUCCUCUCCAACUCCAAUCAGCGUGCUGAAAGACAAGCACCUGCUCCCAACCGAUCUACCUCUCCUUCCUUCCACCAGCCCUCUGGGUCAGACGAUGAUUCCCUGUUUACUGGCGAAAUCGAGCCAGCCACUGUGGAGACUCGACCUCCGACAUCCAAUUCUGAAUCAUCACGAGAGCCCAAUGUCGACAAUCAAGAACAAGACAAUGACAUUGAGGAGCCCUCCAUCCCGAGUCAAGGACCAUCUGGUGGUCAGUUCCAACCAGCCGCCUUGGAGGACGAUGAGGAUCUUUAUGGUGGUGAACAGCCCCCUCUCCAUCGAGCUGCGACAGUUGCCGUCAGGGAAGAUGAGGACGCCGGUGACGUCCAGGGAGCAACCGCUCAGCACAGCUCGGGGGAUGUUAACGAGGAGCUCUCUGAGUAUGACCCAGAUGGGGACUCAGACGAAGGUGUUAUCACGUACGAGGACGUCGUCAUUUACGGCGACGAGGACCUCUCUGAUGAUGGUGGCAAUGAUCGAGACGCCAUAGUUCAAGCUGGCAGGCAGCGCAGGAAGAGAAGGAGGGAAUUCGAGUACCUCAUGAGUCGCGACUACGAAGAAGAGGAGGAUAGUCAAGAUGAGGGCCAGCAAGGGGUCAAGCGCCCAAAGACAUCGGGAACGUCCAGAUCACCCACUCCACCGCAUUUGCAACCUGGCAUUGGUCGCCCGAUCCCCGAAUCUUUUGCCGAAAUGUCCUUAGCUGACAGAGUCAUGUUCGACCGGUGGGAGAACAGCGAUAGGGGCUGGUCUGCUAUAACUCACGAAGUCAAUCGCCUUACAGGAGGCAAUGAGGACAACAUGGUGAUCGCAACCUGGUACGAGAAGAUCAUCAUCAACACCUCAUUGGAGAAGGCUUAUGAAGAAGUUGACGCUGAAAUGUUCCUUCGUCAUGGUACCGAGUCACAAGGCGUCGGCAAGUUCUGGGAGAUGCGCUGGCACCUGGUUCGUGAGGAGUACUGGGAGCUGGAGCACCUCGCGAAAGAGGCAAGAGAACUCCGCGAUCGUUGGGUUGAUUUGCAUGCAGCUCAUACACUACGAACUCACCCGGACUACGACUGGACGGACAACCGAGGUGCUCAGGCUGAUCUCGUGCACGACCAGGAAGGAUCGGGUGCGGAGUUAGGUGGAGAGAUUGAUGAGGCACUUGAUGGAGAAGGUGAAGAUGAAUUUGAUGAGGAAAUAGCUGGAGAAGACGAGGAGGAGUAUGAGGGAAAGGAGGAUAAAGAAGAGGGCUACUUCUUUUGA